AUGCAUGUAGGACUGCAAGCGCACUGCUCUCAACAGUCAAGUCUGUCGUUGGUGGUGGGCACUCUGGUCUUCCUUCCCUCUUCUCUGAGGCGCCUGUCGCUGUCGCCCCAGCUCAAGCCCACCGACGACGCUCUGGCUAGCCUAUGCGCGCGCAACCUGAGCUUCCUCGAAGAGCUCACCAUCAUGGACGCCUCGCUUAUCACCGAUCGAGGCCUGCAGCGUCUCUCUACCUCGGCCUCGCUGACGUCGUCCUUGCGAACUCUUCGUCUGUGCUGUGCCAGAGGCAUAACGAAUGAGGCAGCAUCGCACAUCGCUCGCUUCGCCAACCUCACGACGCUCAGUCUCGCCUCCAUCGGCCCACGGAAGACCAGCGUCAGCUCUUCAUCGAACGGCGCCAAGCUUGCCGACCUGCACGCGCCAUGA